UUUAAUUAACAAUAACUUUUAAUAACUUGCAAUAAUUUUGCAUAUAAUACUGUCCACGCUUCGCUUUGCUGCAGUUCUGCUCUGCACUCAGUGCUCUGGUUUCUUUCUUGAUCGCCAUUGCUCCUCACAGUUCAAAGCUGAUCUGAUAGAUUUAGUGAUGUCCCUGUCUGAUCAUACGGUGGAUACAACACCGCGUAGAAGACCUAAUGCGUACUGUGAUUCUCCUAACUCCACGCCGAACUCUGCAGUAUGCCGCCUUAAAUCAGAUAUAUCUACAGUACUUUUAUUUUACAUUUGUAGAACCCUGCCAAACCUUUUGAUAUAGACUGGGAUAAGCCGUCGAUUAAACUCGCGAAGCGUCAGGAGUGCAAGGGUGACUUUGCCAUUAGGCUUACAGCACUACUGAUUUAUUGAAGCUGGGAGCAGAACAGGCUAUAUGUCUCUGGUUAAGAGAGCAAUUGAUGGAUUAGAGAGACGAUGUUUUUUCAGCAUGGAGAGUGCUGCAUAUAAGUACAAAUUCAUGCAACAACUGAACAACAGUUUUGGUAGUGGAGGAAUGAGCCUGGCUUUAAAUGAAGCUCAAUUUAGCUGCUUCAUCCAAUUUAUUAAAAAUGAGUGUAUGGGCACCCUCCCCAUCAAGAAGGCAGCUACCAUUGUUGGGAUGCAGCAGCACAGUGAUGAACUUCGCUAUGUACUAGGCCCAGAGAUCGAAUUGGAUGUGGAAGGAAAGGUUGUAAAGGAUGAUGAUAGGAUUUAUGUAUGGCUGGAGGGUAUAUUGAUGGAUAAAGUACCACCUUCCAUCGAACUAGAUGAGGUAUGGCCUACAAUCAAAUUACCCAUCAAUUCACUCAUUCUAGCCAAUCUAUUGCGAGCUAAUGAAGGAAUGCUUCCUGCAUAAUUUCCUCCCAGCAAUCAUCACU